AUGCCAUCCAAACAAAUAAUAGAAGAGCGAUAUGGCCAUCAUCGAAUGAACGAAAACAAUAAUAAUGAUAAUAGGGAAAAAAUUGAUGACGGACAUGAUGAAAAUGAACAAAUAGCUAUUGAUACUGAUGACAAUACCGAUGCCGAUGCUGAUGAUGAUGAAGAUGAUAAAAUUUCAUCAUUUAGAUCAAAACAACAAAAACAUGACAUCAAUUCAAUUGAACAACAACAACAACAAAAACAAGAAGAACAUGGAAUAAAAAAUGAAACUUUGUCGAUCAAAGAUUAUUCAACCAUUGAUCGUGGAUUUGGAUUCAUCAAAGCAUGGGCAUGGGAUCGUGGAACAAGAAUCGUUACCGAAGAACGAAAUCGAAAUGAAAAUAUUUCAAAAAAAUUGAAUAAUGAAAAUUUUUUACAAAAAAAACAAACUAGCAGCCAAAAACUUUGAAAUAUAAUAGGA